AUGAUCCUCGGUCCCAUCUCUCUCAUCGACUGCUUCGUCUUUUGCUUCUACCUCGCACCGCAGCUGCUUCAUCAGGCUGGCUUCUUCCCCACGGCACUCGUCGUUUUGAAAGCCAUUCCAUUUCUAUUAUUUACUCUACCGCUCCAAUUUGUGUGGAAUCGUUACUUCAGGAGCUAUUCUUCUCACAAAUCUUCUCACCUCAAAAACUCUACCAUAUUCGAGGAUUUUGUCAUCCGCUGCGUGCGAUAUGCAUUUGCCACCAUACCAGCAAACGUCGGGAGAGUCUUCUUCUCCAAGGACGUGGCACUCCCCUUUCUCAAGUGGCGCAUGAAGAGACACGGAAUCAAGGAUUUUCCAGUGUAUUGGAAAGAAGAAACUAUUGGAGAGGGAGACGCCAAAGUCAAAGGGAUCUGGAUUAAACAGAACUGCGAUGUUGAGCCGGAUAUUGUCAUCUACUACGCGCAUGGCGGCGGGUUCGCCAUGGGCACCAGCUACUUUUACUUUGAGUUUCUUCUGGCAUGGCAUAGUCUACUGGUUGAUGCUGGGUAUCAAAAUCCAGCCAUCUUUGCUCUAGACUACAGUCUAGUUCCAGACGAGGUGUAUCCUACCCAGAUUCUCCAAACGCUACAGGGCUACAAGCAUGUCUUGGAGGAGGUAGAGGAUGCCUCCAAGGUGUGCGUUGCUGGCGAUUCUGCCGGCGGUACACUCAUCCUGAGCAUGUUGCUCGAGGUCGGGAUUCAGGUGCAGAAUCAGCAGGCCAGAGGGGCCAAACUGGGGAUGAGCAAACACGAUUUGGAAGACAUUCGACCAAAGUUUGCUAUACCGCAGAUGGCCAUGUUGAUCUCUCCUUGGAUCACUCUGGCCUCGAGUCUCCACUUUCCGUCUCGCGUUGACUAUUUGAAUAGGGGCACUCUCUGGAAGUACGCACAUCAGUAUGCGGGGGAUGCAAUGAUUCACGGCGGAGUGGCUUCGCCUGGGAGGUGCGACGAUGUCAAGCUAUGGAAAGCAGCCAGCCCCGAGCGUGGCUACUUUAUCACAUAUGGCAGCGACGAGGUGCUGGCACCAGAUAUCGAGAGCUUUGUGGAGCGCCUAGGCGCAGGUAAGGUCGAAAUCGAAGCUCGAAGGUUCGACGGUGGAAUCCAUGCAUGGCCUGUAGCGUCGCUCUUUUUGUCAAGCACAAGGAGGAAGCGGCUCUAUGGGCUGCAGACUAUAGUGGGAGAGAUUAGAAAGAGGUUCGAUAAAGCUCCAGCAGGGAAGAUGAGGCAGAGGAAGAGGCUGUCAGAUUAG